GGUCUGAUCCCGUUCAUGGGGGUGGUCUGUGUCCACUUCACUGACCGUGUGUUUCCUGUGUUUUCAGGGCAGCAGAACCCGGACAGUCUUCGGUACAAGUACAACUUCAUCGCUGACGUGGUGGAGAAAAUCGCUCCUGCUGUCGUUCACAUUGAACUGUACAGAAAGAUGAUCUUUUCCAAGCGGGACGUGGCGGUGGCCAGCGGCUCCGGCUUCGUGGUGUCAGAGGACGGACUCAUCGUCACCAACGCCCACGUGGUCGCCAACAAACACCGAGUCAAAGUGGAGCUGAAGAGCGGAAGCACGUUCGACGCCAAGAUUAAAGACGUGGACGAGAAAGCCGACAUCGCUCUGAUCAAGAUCGACACGCCGAUGAAGUUGCCGGUUCUACUCCUGGGUCGCUCCGCUGACCUCCGCCCCGGUGAGUUCGUGGUUGCCAUCGGCAGUCCGUUCAGUCUGCAGAACACCGUCACCACCGGCAUCGUCAGCACCACCCAGAGAGGAGGCAAAGAACUGGGCCUGCGCAACUCCGACAUGGACUACAUCCAAACAGACGCCAUUAUCAACUAUGGGAACUCAGGAGGUCCACUCGUCAACCUGGACGGUGAAGUGAUCGGCAUCAACACUCUGAAGGUCACGGCGGGAAUCUCCUUCGCCAUCCCGUCAGACAAGAUCCGACAGUUUCUGGCCGAGUCUCACGACCGACAGGCCAAAGGUAAAACGACACCAAAGAAGAAAUACAUCGGCGUCAGGAUGAUGAGUCUGACACCGACUUUGGCGAAGGAGCUGAAGGAGCGCCAGUCGGAUUUCCCAGACGUCACCUCUGGAGCGUACGUCAUCGAGGUCAUGAGUCGAACUCCGGCCGAGGCCGCUGGUCUUCAGGAGAGUGAUGUCAUCAUCAGCAUCAACGGCGAGCAAAUCACAUCAGCCAGCGACGUCAGCGCCGCCAUAAAGCGUGACGAAACUCUGCGAACGGUGGUGAGGAGAGGCAACGAGGACGUCAUCCUGACCAUCGUCCCCGAGGAGAUCGACCCUUGACCUCCACCUCCACCUAGUCCCGCCCCCAGCCGGCUCCUUUGCACCAAUCACGAACACUUUGACGAACCCAAAUGCCAAUGGGACGUCUGCGUGUCAGGAGUCUGGGUUCAAGAACUUGUAAUUAUUAGCGCUACUACUGCUAGUCUUUGCAUUAUACCGCCGUCACUGCGACUGGGUCGUCUGUCGCGUCCUAACCCUCCUUUCCUGUCUGUCAUCACAUGGUUUUUAUUUUACUAACCAAACCCUUUCCUGUCUUUGUUUCUGGAGUAUUUUGAUCGUAUUUUUUGUCUCUGUGUGUAUUUUUAAAAGGGAAGACCGUUAUUUUUAAAAGCGUUGUCGGAUCCUGGAACAUGAUCAGAUAAAUUUGCGGCUCCUUCAUUUAAUUUUCCUCAAUAUUUGGAAAAUUAAACGAUGAAAUAAACAAGGAUACGUCAGAAUAUUUACCAUCAGGUCAAAGGUUUCAGUUUAAACGUCUCUGGUUUGCAGGUUCAUAUGUUUUGGUGCGAGUUUUGCUUCAACAUCAGAACAUUGUCGUCUUAUUUACGUCUGAAGAACUUUUAAUAAAAGUUUGACAGAAACAUUG